CAAAAAUCCUAAGCAGCAAAAUAUACUUUACGAAGAGAUCCUAAGAGUUUGUCCCGAACUAUGAUACAAUCAAACCAGAGUAUUUGGCUAGUCUCGUAUAUCUCAAGGCUUGUUUGAAGGAAACUUUUAGAUUAUAUCCCAUAGCUUAUGCUACUAGUCGAUUGAUGGUUAAAGACGUCGAAUUGGGUGGAUAUCAUAUACCGAAAAAAACCCACGUUCAAGGUUGUUUAUGGGCGAUGGGAAGAGAUGAAAAGAUAUUUACUAAUGCUCAAGAAUUUAAUCCCGAAAGAUGGAUCAAGACAAAAACGUUGGCUAAAGAUUGUGGCAAAUCUGUUAAUAAAAAUGUCCCGCUCAAUUCCGAUAUGGCGCCAUUUGUAGCUAAUUUAGCUUGGGGGCACGGAGCUAGACAAUGCCCCGGGAGAAGAUUAGCCGAGCAGGAGAUUUUUAUUACUUUAGCGAAGAUAAUUAGAAAAUUCGAAUUGAAAUAUGGUGAAGACGAAGUCAAGCCUAUUAUGAAGCCCAUUAUAGUACCUGACAGACCAUUACAAAUCAUAUUCAGUCCCCGUGUAACAUAAUCGAUAUAUAUUUAUUAUUGUUUUUUUUUUAACUCUUUAGAAGAAAAAAGUAAUUAAAUUAAAAAUAUUUUCAUAUCUUUGUCCAAUGUCACAUAUUUUUAUUAUAUAGCGCACAUAGAAAAUUUGUAUACGAUCUAUAUUUUAUAAUUAAAUU